AUGGCGGACACGACAGAACAAGCAAACCCGUCGAAGGAGACGCCCAAACCUGUUGGCGAAUCAACCGAUGCGCUUUCUGCGGAAAUGGGCAAUCCAGACCUCGACUCGACCUUCGCUAGUCUGGACACCUCACUUCCUCCGAUAGAUAAGUCCUUGCCGGCAAUGGACGCGCCCAUCCCAAGUAUCGACUCAUCACUGCCACCGAUGGACUCGGCAAUACCAUCGUUGCCACCAAUUGAUACAUCCCUACCUCCGUUGGACACCACCCUACCCGCUGUGGAUUCGAACAUGGACACAAACUUUUCGUUUACGGAUACAAAACAGGUUGACACAGAAAUUGUGGAAUCAGAGCCUAUGGGAUCCGAACCCGCAGUAUCUGGCGUCGCUACUGGGCUUAUGGGAGGCAUCACCACUACUGACUCUUCUUACCAACCUUCCAAUGGCGCGUAUCCGCAGCAUUACACGCCGCAACAGCAGCAGCAACAGCAACAACCACCGCAACAGAAUCAACAAUCGCAAUCGCAACCGCAAUAUCAACAACAGCAUUCGCUACAGCAACAGCCGCCGCAGCAGCCUACGCCGUCACAGCCAUAUUCUUCGCCCACGCCACAGCAUCAAGGGCAGCAACAGGGCCAUCCACCGGUGCAUCAGCAACAGUUCCAACAACAAACCCAGGAGAUAUACCACAGCAAUCAACCCUCACCGAAUUCUAUGAGUGCCCCUUCGAUGCAGACGAUGGAUCACCAGGCAUCGCAUAUCCCACAAGCACCCAUCGGAUCGCCCAUGCCGGCGAUGGCAUCGGUGGGGCAAUACAUGACAGGCUAUCCAACGGACAUGGGGCAGAUGGGAAUGAAUUCGAACGCGCAAAUGCGCUAUCAGCUCCCAGGCGAUCCGAACAAGAUGCUGUCGAGUGCACGGCACAAGAAGGAAGUGAAGCGUAGGACGAAAACCGGAUGUCUUACAUGCCGAAAACGACGCAUUAAGUGCGACGAAGGCCAUCCCGUCUGCCGAAACUGCGUCAAGAGUAAACGUGAAUGUCUGGGCUACGAUCCAGUGUUCAAACCGCAGCCAACCCCUUCUGCUAUCCAACCAGCUCCCAAUCCUCAUCCUUCGCUGGUCGUUAAUCCCCAGGACCCUUCUUCCUCCUCGUCGCCGUCGUACCCAGCUGCACCUCCUGGUUACGUCCCGGCAGUCACCCAACCCUUCGCUCCGUCCGAGUCACCUAGCACUUCCACCGAAAAAUUCGAAUACGGUGCGACGAUCGAUCCGGCGUUGGAUGGAAAUAAUCCGUCGAACAUGGCGAGUAUACGCAAUGCGACCGACGGAGGUUUGCAGCCGACAGUCAACCCGGCAACCACAACCACUGCUUCGGACCCUACUAGUUUCAGAGUCAAACAAGUCCAAGUGAGCGACCUCCUCGCAUUGCGAGGCAUUCCUCCCCCUCCCCCUCAUCCGAUUACCGCCCUCCCGCCGAACCGCCUCGAGGAGAUCCAAGCAGUGUUCCUGGCUACGUACGCCCCGGCGAUCGACAAGUUCUUUGAGACCCGUUGGUUCCAGGACAAGGCCUUGACACAUCUGAUGGGCAACGCGCAACUUAUGGCUGAGUAUUCGGCAUUGAUCGAUGCUUUUAACGAUCGAAACCUCAGCGAUCCCAAUGUUGUCGCGCGACUGGAGAGCUUCGAAGCAUCUGUAGUGUGGAGCACUAUGACUUUGUGCCGUCAUGUCAUGAGCGUUUCGAAUGGGACUCAUGGACAAGAUUAUGAUCUCCUGGCCUCGUCCAAACGACUCGAUGUGAUUGAGGCUAUGAUCACGGGAGAACAUCUCGACUCCAAUCCUUUGGCGCAGUUUCCACCCCGGGAAACCCCCGCCAAUCCGCCCUCCCUUGCUGAUCAAUUGGCCCAGCGGUCGCUGGAUUUUUGGAGCGCUAUUGGGCAUUUCUUGACGCUUCAUGAUAACGAGGCCAGCUCGGCCAAAGAGAUCGAUGAUACCCUGGCCCGUUGCCGCACGCUCUUGGAUACGUUUGAAAAUCGCGACGUCACAUAUUCCAUCGCUAUCGCUCGUCAUCUCGGACAGCGGUGGGCGGAUUUUCCGCGCAGCUUCCCGCAGCCCAUCACGACCAACGAGAAGGACUCUGGGGCCAAGUUGUAUGUUGCCCAGAAGUUCCUCGAACAGGAAGCCGGUGGCAAAGGGACCACGCAAGUGAUCAAACGCGUCUGCGGGAUGGUUCUCCGAUCCUGGAUCGUUUCACGAGAAUAG